AUGGAUUCUCAUGGAGGACACUACCUCAACAAAGAAGCCGUGCUGUCACCUUUAGGUGUCGCCCGAAUGUGCCAGCUGCUGCUCGGCUGCACCAUAAUAGCCCUUGUGUCCCACAACGCAGGCUACAGCGCCACCUAUGGGAACUUCUGCAUGUUUGUGUGGUGCUUCUGCUUCGCGGUCACGCUGGUGGUGUUCACCUUGGACAUCACACGGCUGCACGCGUGCAUGCCCAUUUCCUGGGAUAACUUCACUGUGGCCUUUGCCAUGCUGGCAACACUCAUGUACAUCACUGCCUCCGUGGUCUACCCUGUUUACUUCCUGCAGACAGAGUGCCCCGAUGAGAGCUGCGAAGUCCAAAUCUACCGCAUUGCUGUCACCGUCAUCUCCAGUGUCUGCUGCUUCCCCUACGGCACCGAGGUGUUCCUGACUCGAGCCAAGCCGGGGGCCGUGGUGGGCUACAUGGCCACUGUGUCCGGUCUACUCAAGGUGGUCCAGGCUUUCGUGGCGUGCAUUAUUUUCGGGGCCCUGGAAAAUGGCAGCGGGUACGACCUCUUCAUUGCCACUGACUACUGUGUGGUGGUGUACAGCCUGUGCUUCUGUGUCACCGUCGUCGUUAUUGUACUGACCGUUUCUGGUAAGACCGCCGCCCUGCGGUUCCCCUUUGACCGGUUUGUGGUGGUCUACACCUUCUUCGCUGUGAUCCUCUACCUCAGUGCUGCGCUGGUCUGGCCCAUCUUCAGCUUUGACAGAAAGUACGGCAACACCACUCGUCCAGAUGACUGCCCGCGCGGAGAAUGUCCCUGGGACAGUAAGCUAGUGGUGGCAGUGUUCACCAACGUCAACCUCAUCCUAUAUUUUGCUGAUCUCAUUUACUCACAGAGGAUUCGCUUUGUCUCCAGCUCUGCUGUCUGA